GCAGACACUUCCGCGACGGCGCUCGAGAGCAGGAGGGGGAUUUCCAGCGCGAGCCCCCGCUUCCCCUCAACGGCCGCUGUUUUGCUUUCGCUCUCCGCUGAGAAACAGAAAAGAGCCGCGGACACACUUUUGUUUCGCACUUUGUGUGUAAGUCCGGGAGAGAAGUUGAGCCGUGUGACUCGGGCUGGUAUCGUCGGUGUGUCAGCGGGAGCCCGGAGCUACAGGCCGUCCCCAGCGAACAGGCCACAAUGCCAGUAGAGAGGAUGAGGAUGCGACCGUGGCUGGAGGAACAAAUAAACUCAUGUCAGAUACCAGGACUGAAAUGGGUUAAUAAGGAAAAGAGAAUCUUCCAGAUCCCGUGGAUGCAUGCUGCGCGCCAUGGCUGGGACUUGGAGAAAGAUGCACCGCUGUUCAUGAAAUGGGCCGUACACACUGGUAAAUUCCAGCCAGGCAUAGACCGUCCGGACCCAAAGACGUGGAAGGCUAAUUUCCGCUGUGCCAUGAACAGUCUGCCAGACAUCGAGGAAGUGAAGGAUAAAAGCAUCAAGAAGGGAACUAACGCCUUCAGAGUUUAUAAGAUGCUCUCCUCCACAGAGAGAAGUAUGAAGAAAGGAAAGAAGAAGUCCGACAAAGAGGGGAGGCCCAAGGAAAAUAAAGAGGUACCUUCUCCGUUUCGAGUAAGAACUCCUCUCCAAGCUCAUGCUGGACCUAUCGAUUAUUCCAAACAGGAAGAGGUCAAGCACGAACCCAUAGAGUCAACAGUGAUGGACAGUGCCUCAGCCAUUCACAGCUCAGUGGAAGACCACGUGAUCACGAGCGAGCAGCUGCCAUUCGUCUGUCAGACAAUUGAAGUAACCACUGAGAAUGAGGAGCAAACGGUUAGCUCCUCCCACUCGUACCCGCUCCAAAUCUCCCCUGUUUCUUCAUGCUGCGGUAGUGACACAGACAGUGACACAGAAGAUACCAAAGAGGGUAUCAGUGCAGUCUGGAGGCGGGACUACAGCACAUCAGUCGUCAGAGUUCCCACAUGUUCUCUUCCCAGCAUGGCCACUUUUGUCAGCGCCAACAAGCCGAACUUCAGGGUCACCAGCAUGCGGGACCCAGACCCACUCAUCAGCUACCACACAGACGGCUGGACGUCGGCCUACAGCCAAAACUCUCUCGCGUCUCCGGGGACCAGCCACACCCAUGAGAUGCGCGCAAGUGUCAUAAUGAAAACCUCCGACGCUACCUCUUCCUGACCCCAGCAGGGGGGUAUCCUAGCUGUUGUCAGAGCAUAGGAAUGACAGAGAAUGUUGUUUUUCUUCAUCAGGGCCACGUGGUGCCUCAAAGGCCAAACUACCAAAUCUGUGAUUUUGAUUGUAGCUUCUGUGUGGGACAUUAGUUCCCUGAGUUUUCCUUUUGAUUGGAAAAAUUGCUGACUAGUUUUAAUGAUAUUCUCCGGGGCUUGACUUGCCCACUAAUUGGGGAACACUGAAGUCUUUUAAACUGUCUGCAUCUGUAUGGCUGCGACAGUUUGGGUAAAUUUCAUCAAGUUCCCAUGUCUGCAAGGAUUUGUGAACAAACCGUGUCCAGGUUAAACGUAUGAACACGUGGAAUGUACACGCCGGCAAUCGUGAAUAUGUGGGAUGUGUGUUCACAUUUGUUCUGGAAUAUAUUUAGUCUUGAUCAUCCAUGUGUCACAGGAAGAUAAUUUACCCUGCUGCUUGUUGUCAACGCUUUAGGACACCAUGGUUAGUGAAGAGAAGAUUUAGCACUUUUACAUAAUUUCUUAAGAUGGAUUUUAUGUGUAAAAUAUAUAUUUUGUAGAUGCAUAGUCUAGCUGUGACUAGGUUUUCAUAUUAAUCAACAGUUUUAUUUUUUUAAGCUGUUAACAGCAUCCAGUCAAUCCAAACAUUCAGUUCCUAUGUCAAAUAGUCCCUAGUGGUUCAUCACAGGUGGAUGUUAUUUUAUUUAAAACUUAUUUUGAGUAUGAAACCUAAUCGUAAUUUAAAAUUACUUGCCGGUUAAGUAUUACAACCCGUUACAAAACAAAAUGUUUUGAAGAAACUGUUUAGUUUCCCAAUCUCAAUGUCUAUGUGUGAACAACAACCUCUUUUAUGUCUUAAUUUUUUAUUGCACCAUAAAUGGGAAGAGAACCAUUUACUUACUAUUUCAAAAGAGUUGAACCUUGAGCAGGAAACAUUGUCUAAAAUGAUUUACUGUGACACAUGGAUGGAACAAAGAUUACGUAAGCCUAGAAGCAAACUGUUGAUAACAGAGGAACCAAAAAAACAAAUGUUAUGAGGAAGUUAAAGUCUCUGUCGGCAAACCAGCUCCACUAGCAGCAAGUCACAAGAAGAAUCAGAGGCACGUUGUUGACAAUCAUGACAAUCAUUGAUAUGCCCCGAAUUGCCCCGUGUGUGUGUGUGUGUGUGUGUGUGUGUGUGUGUGUGUGUGUGUGUGUGUGUGUGUGUGUGUGUGUGUGUGUGUGUGUGUGUGUGUGUGUGUGUGUGUGUGUGUGUGUGUGUGUGUGUGUGUGUGUGUGUGUGUGUGUGUGUGUGUGUGUGUGUGUGUGAACUUGUAAGUCUGGAAACCUCAGGUAAACGUGCACGCCUACACAGAGAGAUGAACUGACAAGAUAAACGACAGACAUGCUGACAGACGGACUAACAAGACUGUGAACAAUGGCCUUCUUCAACUCUCCCCUGCCUCCUGGUGUUAAUAAUGUACAUAGCUCAUAUGUAUGUAUGCCUGCAAACUGCUUCUGCACCUUAUGGACAGCACUUGUGUGUGUGUGUUUGGGAGAUGGUAUUGAAGGUGUGUGGAUGGAUACAAAUGAUUUAUGCUUUAGUCUGCUAACAGCCUAAACCUCAGUCGAUUCUGAUGCUCAGUUGUCGCAGUGCAAGCAUUAUGUUAAGCACAAAUUUUCACAAUCUGUAAAUCUCAACACAAAGAAAGACAUUAUAUUGAAGUGUAUGCACAGAAUGAUAAACGUGAGCAUCAAAGGAAGAUCUUCUUUCCUUUGAUUGUGUCUCAUGCCUGUAAAGAUGCAAGCUCGGUGGUCUCAGUAUUAUUUGGCAAAAUAUAAUAAACUAAGAAGAAGUAGGUUAUGAAAUGUUCUUAUUCCAUCUUCUGGGAGUCAUGUCUCCCUGUGUUCUGAACUAGACUGAGUGAAUCAGAAAGCUACUGGUGUGUUAGCAGCUAGCAGGCUAAAGCGCAUACUUCAUUCCCAGGCUGCUUUCAGCCAAGCUCUAGCUCUUGAGGAUAGACAGGAUGCUGCCAUGUUUGUGAACCAAACCCCUGUAGAUUUUGACACUGGACGCACAUUAUCAUCAUGGUGAGAUUAUUUAAGGUUCUCAUUCAAUCUAAGGCGUAUGGGUUUACUUGACAUGUGGAAUAGAUGUCGCUUUUUCCAAUCGUUCUUCAACGUGUGUUUUUUUAACAUGAAUCACAUUGAAAGAUAAUGUACACUUCAUUUAGAAAUGCUCCUCAAUCUUCUUCAGUGAUUUGUGUUCCUCUGCUCACAGCCUCCUUGAGUGCUGUAUUUUUACAACCAUGUCAUUAUGACCAAAUCAGAUGCUUUUCUUUAACUAUGUUUAUUUGGAAACCAAUAUUUUGAUUAAGACAAUAGUCCAAGGACGACACUGUCAUGUAAACAGCAUUCUAUGAUUACCUUAACCUGAAUAAUAAUAAUAAUAUUAUUAAUAAACAAUUAACAGUUAAACACACAGGAAUAUGAAUGGGGUAUUCUGUUGGCAAAUUGUGUAAACAUCAUAAAUAUCUUAUUCAGAUUAAGGUAGAUUUAUUGGUCUCCAUGUAAACCUAGUUGGUAAAACAGCCAAAAUUGUUGUUUCAUUGCAUGCAAAUGGUAUAGUUCAUAUUUGGCCUUUGCACCAGCACAAAUGUGUUAAAUUAAAUUAAAAUUGUAGUGAUUUCAAAAUUGAAGCAUGAGCUGACUUGAAAUCGAUGUGUUCUAAUUAAUGUUGGCGUUUUUGAUUAUUGAAUGUUCAGAUCCUUCUGCCUUCACAAGCCUGACCAUGAAUACUUUUGAAAGAAGUUUUCAUGUAACAACUGAAGUGCACUUAAACCUGGAGCCUAUUUCUGUUUCUCUCUAUGCUAAAGGGACGUCAUUGCAGCCAAAAGUUAGCAGGGAAAAGUGGGUGGUGAUACUGUUAUUUGUCAUGAAGUUGUCUGAUCUUUCUUACCUGCCUCCACUUUAUGAGCUUGCUUACUUUUACUUUUAAAACUGAGGUGUGUCUCACUGUCGGCACUUUAAACAUAUAAUAAAAAACAAUAUUGCCAUUCAACUCCCAAGGUUAAGCAACACAGGUAACUGCCCAGCUAAUAGAAACUGGACCCACAAUGUGUCAUCACUGUUUAUUCUGCAAACAUUAUGAAAACUACAUGUGGAUCAACAUGUAAAUCUGAAUAAAGACCGUUUUUUGUAUUUA